CACGUGACCACCUCAAAGAAGCCGUGCACUGGGGCCUGGGCACCCUGGGAGGACUCGAACCCAGAACCACUAGACUAGGACUCAACACUGCAGACAGGAGUGGGCAUCCAAGGCCCCUGACAGAGGCAGGAGUCAGGGUGCAGGGGAGCCCCCCUCUGCCACUCCCAGGCAGGCUGAGACCAUCCUGAGGGGCAGUACUGUCUGGUGGGGAGAAGUCAGAGCACCCCUGAGGGAGUUACAGAGGCAGGCGAGGACCCCCAACCAUGAGAGAAGGGUCAUGAGGGGGUCACAAGGGUGCGGGGAGGGGCCCAGACCACAGGAGGCGGAGGAAUGAGGAAGGGGCAGGGAGGGGCGAAGGAGAGCCACCGAGGAGCAGCAGGUCCAGGUAGAAGUGGGUGGGGCCCCCGGGUAGGGGGCGGGCCUCCGUACCUCCACCACCUGGGAAACCAAUCCACCUAAUCUGCACGGCUGACGGGUCCGGUGGCUGCACGGUGCUCCCACCCCCUCCGAGGGGUAGGCCCAGGACUGACGUGCUGCAGGAACCAGACCAUGUGGGGGACACGGCUGGCACUGCCAGCGCUGGUGCUGGCCGCCUGCUGUGAGCUCGUGGUCACCCUUCAAUGCUACACGUGUCCUGAGCCCAUCGACGUGUCCAACUGCGUCACCAUCACCACCUGCAAUGUCAACGAGACCAUGUGCAAGACCACACUCUACUCCCUGGAGACAGUGUACCCCUUCCUGGGGGACUCCACAGUGACCAAGUCCUGUGCCAGCAAGUGCGUGCCCUCGGACGUGGACGGCAUCGGCUGGACCCGGCCUGUGUCCUGCUGCAACACUGACCUGUGCAACGUGGACGGGGCGCCCACCCUGGGCGGCCCCCACAGCCUGGCCGGUGCCCUCCUCCUGCUCGCCCCACUCUUGAGCCUCCAUCUCUAGACCCUGACCCGCAGCCCCAUGUAGCCCAGCCCCCAGCGCCUCUGAAGAAUCACGGCCCACACCUG